AUGAAAUCUUCUAGUCGAAUUGACGGGUCGAUAUGCGGCGCGAUCCUCUCGAGUCGACCGUCAUCGCGCUGGCCGGCCCCGGGUUUCUUUCAGAAUCGACGGCUCUGCGGCCGAUGCUCAAUCGAGGCACGCUCUCAGAGACGGCAUUAUGAAUCUAAUACCGUACCGAGAACCGCAUCUACACCCCCAUCGAAUAACCUCAUCCCUCAGCUGCCACCAAGAUCUUUGCUGUCCGUCUCAAGGACGACUCCGGAGUCACCGGCGGCACACCAAAAGAACCAGCGCCGAUUCGGCCAUGCCGUGGCCACGCCGGUAGCCAGUGACACUUUCUGGCAGCAGGCGAGGCCAAGUCCGAGCAAGAAAGAACUAUUGUCAUAUGUGGAUCAGUACGACGACCAAGACUCGGUGGAUGAGCACCUGGAGUUCUUCCGGGAUCCAUACCGGCGAGGCUAUGCACCCGACAAUGGGCCUGAGGUUACGGUCUCAAACAGGGAAGAGGACGUACGGUUCCCCUCCCGCGACGAAACCAAGCCCGCUGAUGAGCGUGAACACAAAAUUCUCCGCGAGUUGCGAUCCGCUGUAUUGAAACGGCUUAGGAAUCCCUUGCGGGCCAGUGCAGAUGAGGUCUACAAUCUAUACCGACAACUACCGGAACCUCGCAUGCCGUACUUGUCCGGAGCACUUCGACAUCAGCUUUUGAGGGCCAUCGGCGUCACUGAAAAGAAGGACUCCAAGUCCAUGCUGCGCUACUUUGCGGUCAUCGCAGAUGUCAAGAACAGUGGCUUUCCUCUCCUCCGAGCCGAGUGGAAUACGGCUAUGUCUUAUGCAAGCCGAUAUGUGGGCGUCUCUACCGACUCUGAGACAGAAUCUGCUCUGAGCCUCUGGAGAGAAAUGGAGCAAGACGCUGGUAUCAAGGGCAAUGACGUUACCUUCAACAUUAUGUUCGAUGUUGCCUCGAAAGCCGGUAACUUUACACUCGCCGAGAUGAUCUACAAGGAGAUGGAGAAUCGAGGUCACCGCUUCAACCGUUAUCACCAUGUCAGCCUGAUACACUUCUUUGGCCUCAAAAUGGACGGCGAUGGUGUCCGGGCAGCUUACAAGGAAAUGGUUGAAUCGGGCGAGAUGAUCGACUCGCUGGUCUUGAACUGCGUGAUCGCAGGCUUGCUGCGGUCAGGCGAGGAGGACGCCGCUGCCCGCGUCUACGAGCGAAUGAAAGCCAGCCACAAGAAGGCGCCAGAAAUGCCGGAGCGCAAUUACGCCACCCAAAAGGUUGUUACGAGAGUUCUCAUGAUGUUUGCCAAGGUCGGCAAAGAGCAUCCCGAGAUGCGAAACAGCUUCCAAGCGCUCACGCCGAUGACGCCCAACCUAUCGACAUUUCGCAUCCUGAUCUACCAUUACGCCGUCAAGUUGGGGGAUCUUGAAAGCGUCGCCAAAUAUCUGGACGAGAUGAAGUUUUUCGAGGUGCCGUUGCACGGCGCUGUAUUCCUAUCUUUAUUCAAGGGCUUCAAUGCUCACGGCGGCUAUGACGGCUCAGCUUGGAGCGAGCAGAGGCUGCAGAGUGUCUGGACCGCCCUUCUACAGGCUCUUGACAACCAGACCUCGGGCCUCUACAUUGACACCUGGCUGGUCAUAUGGGCCCUCAGGGCCUUUGACAGAUGCAGUUCGCCCGAGGCCGUUCUGGAGGCGUAUGAUGCUCUAAGUUCGAGAUGGGAGCUCGAGCCGGCUGAUAUCGAAUUCUUGAUGGGAUUCUUGCAUAAUCUUCUGAAGAAGAGGCAAGGAGGUGUAACACUAUUGGAGGACUCAUUGGACAUAAGGAGUUCGGGUCGGGGCAAGACUACUGCGGCAAAAGAAUGGGGCGGGAUAGACAAUGCAUGA